AAACAGAUUCGCUUUCUCCGGGCAGCUUCUCCAUUCCGGCGCGUUGGGGUUGUGUUGAAAACGUUAUUGCGGUCUAGAAAUCGCAACUUGCGAGAUGCCGGUUCCCACCCUGAAGAGUAGAAAUAAUUGCUGUGUGGUUGGAUGCAACAGCACCUACAAAAAUUCGCCCGAUACGAAGUUCUACGGGUUUCCCGCGAAGUCCUACGAGACAGAACGCCGCGCGGUUUGGACGCGACUGGUCCGUCGAUGCAACGCCGAUGGAACGACUUGGACCCCUACCCCGAAUUCCAAAAUUUGUAGCAAGCAUUUUUUGGGGAAUGAAAAGCGAAAUGAGGAAGCCCACCCGAGCUACAACCCUUCGAUCUUUCCAUCGCCGUACAAGAAGAGAGUGGUACUCGGGGUUGCUGAACGACACGACAGGCAACUGAAAAGGGUCGAACAACAAAGGCGUGUAACACCGUGUACAGCUGCACCUGAAGUUGAUUUACCCAUGGAGCGGCAACCAGCAGAGGAGCCAGCACCUGCUCCAUUAACAGCCAGUGCUUCCACCAUGACAGAAGAUGAUGGAGCAAGCUUCUCGCCAUGCACCCUGUUUCUUUGCUGUAACAUGGGGGGAGAUGUCUCAACCCUUGUCUGCCAUAAGACAGUAGUGGACGAAGGGUGUGGGCCAGACACGGUGUCAGUUUGCGAUAGGGGAGCUGGGCCAGUGUACAAAGAGCCCUUCUUCACUGGGUACAAGUCUGUGUGUGACGACGAGGCAAUGUUAACAAGGUUAAGUUCCGCAUCAUUUUCUUUAUUUGCUCUGUUGUUGAGCUUAUUUCCAGAUACCUCGAGGAGGCAAAAUGAACUGUCAAGCGAGAAUCGGCUCUUACUAUUUUUGAUUAAGUUAAAACAUAAUGUACCUUUUUCGUGCCUAGGCAUUUUGUUCAGUAUCCAUCGUACGACGGCAGCACGAAUAUUCAGGGUUACACUUGAAAUCCUCUGCGCCAGAACAAGAGACUGGAUUUGGUGGCCGAGAAGAGGUGCUGUCCAGGCCACCAUGCCACCAAGCUUCAAAGUUCAUUAUCCUCUUUGCAGGGUAAUAAUAGACUGCACGGAGAUGAGGGUGGAGAUGCCUCCGUCAGUCGAGAAGCAAAACCUUUGGUAUUCGCAGUACAAAGGGUGCUAUACUGUUAAGUACUUAAUUGGAGUCGCACCUAGUGGUCUUGUGACGUUCCUUUCAGAUGGAUUUGGUGGGCGGACAACUGAUACUGCUAUCACAAUUGAGUCUGGUUUUUUGCACAAACUGCAGCCCGAUGAUGUCGUCCUGGCCGACAAAGGGUUUCCAGGCAUAAUAACUGGCGUUGGUGCUAAGAAAGCAACACUGGUAAUGCCACCAUUUGCAUCAGGAGUGCAGUUCACAGAGGUUGAGGUAGACUCAACAUACGAGACAGCUUCUGUCAGGAUUCAUGUCGAGAGGGUAAUUCAAAGAGUGAAAAUUUAUACAAUAACCCAGCGUGUUUCGCAUCAUUUAAUUCCACACCUGGACAACAUUAUGCAUAUCUUGUGUGUACUCACCAAUCUGAGGCCGGGUAUAUUUAGGCCUCGGUAAAGUGCAGAUCGUUCGUAGCUUUUGGAGGUAGUCUAGCAGUGUGUAGUGUCCAUUCGCAGGCUAGCCUCGAGGUUCCGGCUGGAGAAGUGCUACUAGAUGCUUUGAGCUGCUUGCCAGUUUAGGGAAGGAAUUGAAGGGCAAUUCCGUUUUAUCUUUGGUGCAACUUGUGGGUUUCAGUGCGCUCAGGGUGGCACAACCAAGAACUAGCAUGUGUCCCACGUAGCAUGCAUGCCCUGUAGAAUGACUGCUAUGUCGCACAUGCUUUUCAAUCGUUUUACCGCAAAGCAUCGAAUAGAAACUCGGAGGCAGUACAUCUACACAACUGUGCACAGUAUUGAGAAGAACAAUAAUUUACUUUGGGAUUCAGUGACGUUGAGUGUACUGAGAACAGUCAAACUCAAAUUAACUAGAACAGAUUUGCCCUUUGAUAUACCCAGUGAGUUCAUUCCAUUUCAGUUUGACUGUGAAAUUGCCUUCAUCCCCUCGGAAUGAUAAGCAACUGUUCAAAACAUGCAUGGCACCCCCACCCCUUUGUCCCCUUACCUGAAAUGCCUUGCUGCAAUGCAUAUACUCUGGAUUUUCAUUCUGUGUUUGUGCAACUGUUCAUGCACUGAAAAAAAAGAGAUUCUUGUUUUUCCUUAUAGUCGGGAUUUAUUGAAGUUGCUCAAUUGUUAUGUGCCUGGUUUCAAGCAGAAAGACAUUCUUUCUUAGCUCAUCUUGAAUGGAGCGCAACGAGUUCUCCUAAGUAGUACUUGAAAUAAAAUGACCGUAGCUUCGGAAUUGCUUCAGAAAGGAAUUCCUCGUCACGCUUGAUGUUGAGCGUCUUGUGGUCUACAGAGCAGUACAAAUAUAGAUCGCACUCUUCAAGCUGCAAAACAUACAAGCAGAUUUGUAUUUGCGUGUAGUAUGUGUGUGACUUUCGCAAAGAAAUCUCCUUGCUGCACUUGUCCUCUACUAGGUAUGACAGAAGUGGCUUUUCCGUUAACUUCUUCUUCCAUCGGCUGGAGGGGCACUUGAUCUCAAGCGGGGUGGUUUUGCCGUCCUCGCUCCUGAGUAUAGAGAAAUAAUGAUUAGCUGGCAGGGUUUGAUAUGCAUCUCAACACGACUUGAACAAAAUAUAACCGCUGAAGGUAUGUCCGUCUUGCAUGUGUAUGUGAAAGACGUGCAUUAACGCUUUGAGAAAAUGUAUGAUGCUGAACUGAAGCCUUGUGGCAAAAAAAUAUGAUAAUGCACGCCACAAGGAGCCAUAUACCGGCAAAGGUAGUGCAUAUACCUGCACGCAUGUACUAAUAAUUUAUUCAAAUGAAGCAAAAGGGCCGGACUGUUUCAACACGGCAAGAAAAGCUUGUAGAAAACGUUAAAAAAAAACCGUUUGGAAGCGAGAAAAGUUAGUAUAAAAUGUCAAAAGAAAGCAUUUGGGAGCUCUGAGAUGGUAGUCAUUAAUUUAUUAAAAGUGCACUAAAAUGGUUUUCCAGACCGCAUUUCGAUGGUGAUAACUCGAUCUUUGUGCUCCAAGCAUCCUAGAAAUUAAAGAAUUGCAAUCAAACACCGUUCCUUUUUGCAAAAUUUUCCAUAAAGAAAAAGUGUAUAUAAGAAAGGCCGGCCGGCAGGGAGUGCGCGAGAGCUAAUCGCAAGCUGUGGGCUACCGAGUGACCUUGCGCUCUUCCGUUAAUUUGAGCUCAAAGUUUGGUUUUUAAUAAUGCUUGGAGUGCGCAAGUUGAGUUAGCACCAUAAAUAGACGUCCCUAGAAACUUUUAAGAUUCAUAACUUCUUUAGGCUCAUGACCAGCUAACUCUGCUGAAAUGUUGGCUGUCAUUUCGAGGCAUUAGUGGAGGUUUGAGCUAUAUUACCGAAAGAUUCCAUCAGGAGAACAUCCCAACCAAGGGUCUUCUGGUGCCACCACAAGCCCGAACUGGUGAACUUUGAGGCCACGGUCCUCUUCAAACUUGCUUCGGGCUUUCGGCUCGUUGCGCUGCCCAUGAGCCGUUGCUGGCGACCAGAAUGGAGCUUCAGACACCAUGGUCCUGGCGACAUCUCGAAGGUCUCUUUCACAGCGUAUCACUUUGUGGCCCUGAAAAAUAAAAGACUUGGAACAUUUACACUGAAACAAACAGUUGACACCAGAGCUUAAAGGGGCACUGCAA